CAGAUCUCCCCGCAGCAGGAAAAAACCAAAACAAAACAACUCUCGAAUGCGAAUAUGAAACGGUAGUGUGACAGAAACGUAUGUAGGUGGAAUUUUAUUGUUGUGAGGUGAGCGCGAACGGUCGGCGGCGGCGGUUUUUUGUAGUGUCUCCUUGUAAAAUUGAAACUCGCGAGGCAAUGAAGCCUUGAGAGUUCGGAGCAUAAUUUGUUUUUUCUGACGACAACUUUUGAGUUUGCUGUUGAGUGUCGGAAAAUCAUGAACCACUUGGGGACUAUGUAUGCUACUAAACGGAGGAGAAGGAACAGCAAGAGUGUUCGAGUUCCACCAAAAGAUGGACAAACCAAGUCAAACCCCAGUAAAAGGCAUCGUGAAAGGCUGAACGCGGAGCUGGACACUUUGGCGAGUCUCCUUCCUUUUGAACAGAGUGUCCUUUCCAAACUGGACAAAUUAUCAAUUCUCAGGCUGAGUGUUAGCUAUCUUCGGACAAAGAGUUAUUUCCAAGUAGCUCUAAGAAGAGAAAAGGACCCCCAGACAUCUGAUCUCAAACCUAGGGAUAUACUAUACUCCGAUUUGCUCAUGGAAGGAGAUCUCAUUCUGCAGGCUCUGAAUGGAUUUCUGAUGAUCCUUACGUGCGAUGGAGAAGUCUUUUACACCUCACACACGGUUGAAACGUACCUCGGAUUUCACCAAAGUGACAUAUGUCAUCAGAGUGUCUACGAGUUGGUCCAUUCCGAGGACAGAGAAGAAUUGCAACGCCACCUUAUGUGGAAUUCACACCUACCUGCUGAAAGGACGGACUUAAAUUUGCAGCAGGCUUUGGCUGCAGAAAAUUCUCACUUAUUGGAAAGGAAUUUCACAGUGCGUUUUCGCUGUCUCCUGGAUAAUACAUCAGGAUUUUUGAGACUGGAUAUAAGAGGUCGAAUAAAAAUUUUGCAUGGCCAGAAUCAGAAGACUGAAGAACCCCCACUGGCUCUCUUUGCCGUCUGCACACCGUUUGGGCCUCCAUCGCUCCUGGAAAUGCCUCAAAAAGAUUCUAUGUUUAAAAGCAAACAUAAACUUGAUCUUUCUCUAGUCUCCAUGGAUGCAAGAGGUAAACAGCUCUUGGGAUAUUCAGAUUCUGAACUGGCAAAUAAAGGCGGGUACGACCUAGUCCAUUAUGAUGACCUAGCUUAUGUUGCCAGUGCACACCAAGAAUUGUUGAAAACUGGAGCGUCUGGACUCAUAGCAUAUAGGCUGGUUGCAAAAGAGGGUAAAUUUCAGUGGCUACAGACUAGCGCCAGAUUAGUUUAUAAAAACAGCAAACCUGAUUUUAUUCUCUGCACACACAGGCCACUAAUGGAAGAAGAAGGACGCGAUUUGCUGGGAAAACGGACAAUGGAUUUCAAAGUAACAUAUUUAGACAGUGGUCUAGCGUCGAUGAAUGAUAGAAGUGGAAUGUUGUCCGACAGUGAUUUCAUUAUGCGUUGCCAACGCAACCGACGCUAUAAAUCUCAAAUACGAGACCUUCUCUCAGCUUCCUGCCGCAAACGUAAGGUUCCGGGGACAGAUCCUUACCUGGAAGAAGCCACUUAUAAUAAUAUGUAUACGUAUGCACCCGCUGAUAAUAUGAAUGGACUUUCACCUUACGUUGCAGCUGCUACAGCUGUACCUCAAAACAUAUUUACAGCCGCAAUAGAUAAUACACGUUUCUUAUCCGCGGAGAAUUUCUUGCAUUAUAGACAUCUCGGUGGCUAUUAUCCUGACUACAGUCACCAUACGCAAUAUGCAAGCAACGGGUUUUUGGAUAUGGCAUCUGCAACAGCUAGGACGUGCUUCCCAACGUACCCAGACGGAACACAGCUUGCUAAAGAAGAAAAAUAUUACCCAUGCCAGCUGGAUAGCGCAGCAAAAUUCAAUGGCGAUGCGCACAGCCAACAAAGACUUGUGCAACAAGUCGGUGGCGUAACCAGCAACAAGCCAUCUUGUUGCGAGACUUACGCUGUGGCUAGUACAGAAUCUAGCGCUUCUUUACGUGGGUGUCUCAUGAGUGCCACAAGUGCAGGUAUUCAACCACUGUUGUCUAGUUUAGACAGAGAACCGAAAUUAGGAGAUCUGAGUUGUCACAGUUUAAGUUUUUCAAUUCCAACUGUGUCAUCUGACUGCAUUAAUGUCAUCAAACCUAAAAGUUCACCACUCCAGUCUCAUCUCAGGGAUUCUCCGCACCUCGUUUCGUCCAAAGAUAAUAAAAACUCGUCAGAUUAUGUAUCCGCAUUUACAAAUGACACCAGGCAAAGUGUUCUCAUGUGGGGUAACUCCCUCACAAGACAAUCCACUGGACAUCAUAUGACUGGUUCUAUAUUUGACACAAAACUUUGCAAAUACAGCAGUCAUCUAGAUCCAAGUGCUAAAACUACGGACUUAUUAGGUGCAACCAGUGGAACUGCUUGUAAAUGGAGUGGCAAUGCCACGACGCCAAAGUCAUCCUCACCACAUAACAGCACAAGCCCUGCUAGCGGAAAAGUGGCACCAGCAGUCAGUUACAGUAGUACCACUUAUCAUCCAGAUCUUGCACAUGAAGAAUGGCAUGCAGGCAGCCUGGCUACAUGGAGACCUCAUGUCAGUAAGUUGUUUCCAACAAUAUAA